AGUUGCGAGCAGAAUAAUUCGAACGAUGUUUGCGAAAUUCUUACUUCCAAUGUGCAUUUUAAGCGUUGCUCUGGCGUUUCCCUAUGGCGAACAGCAGCAGGACGCACAGCUGGGACAGCUGGGCAUAUGGCAGAAUGACGCGCUGGCUUUGUCUGAGCCGUCGGAGCAAUUUGAGUCGCAGCGCUUCUAUCGCCAACUGAAUGUUCAGGGCGGAGGUAGUCCUGGCAAAGGCAUUGAUUUGAGCAUCGACACGCGCAUUCCUGUAUGGCAGAGUCACAAUGGGCGACACUCGUUCGAUGCGACCGGCCAAUAUUCCCAGCAUUUGGGUGGACCCUAUGGAAAUAGUCGCCCGAAUUGGGGAGCGGGUGGCGUGUAUACUUUUAGGUUUUAAAUUUUCCCUUUGAAUUUUAUAUAUAAAUGUGUAAUUACGAUUUGUUUAGUUUGCUAAAAUAGUGAAAAUUAUUAUUAGAGUAUAUGGAAAGAUUUUUGUAUACGCACCCUUUAUUCUA